UUUUAUAACCUCGCCGCCUCGCCUCCCCCUCUCUAUCAUCUUCUCGCUCGCCUCUCGCUGUCUCGCACUCGCCGCCGCCGCCGUCGCCGCGCCUCUCUCGCCGGCGGGGAGGUGAGGUUUUUCUUAGGUGUACGGAUUUGAUGGCGGUGGCGUCGCGGCUCGCGGUGGCGCGGGUGGCGCCGGACGGGGGAGCGGCGGGGAGGAGGAGGAGGAGGGGGCGGCCGGUGGUCGCGGUUCCGACGGCGGGGAGGGGGCGAGGUGGGGCCGUGGCGGCGAGCCCACCGACGGAGGAGGCGGUGCAGAUGACGGAGCCGCUCACCAAGGAGGACCUCGUGGCCUACCUCGUCUCCGGGUGCAAGCCCAAGGAGAACUGGAGAAUUGGCACAGAACAUGAGAAGUUCGGUUUUGAAGUUGAUACAUUGCGUCCUAUAAAGUACGAUCAGAUCCGUGACAUCCUGAAUGGACUUGCUGAGAGGUUUGAUUGGGACAAGAUAGUUGAAGAAAAUAACGUUAUCGGUCUCAAGCAGGGAAAACAAAGCAUUUCACUAGAACCUGGCGGUCAGUUUGAACUUAGUGGUGCUCCUCUUGAAACAUUACAUCAAACUUGUGCUGAGGUCAAUUCACAUCUUUACCAGGUCAAAGCAGUUGGAGAGGAAAUGGGGAUUGGAUUUCUCGGAAUUGGUUUUCAGCCAAAGUGGGCACUGAGUGACAUACCAAUAAUGCCCAAGGGAAGGUACGAAAUUAUGAGGAAUUACAUGCCUAAAGUUGGCUCUCUUGGGCUUGAUAUGAUGUUCCGAACAUGCACUGUUCAGGUUAAUCUUGACUUCAGUUCAGAGCAAGAUAUGAUAAGGAAAUUCCGUACUGGUCUUGCAUUACAACCUAUUGCAACAGCAAUAUUUGCUAAUUCUCCCUUCAAAGAAGGAAAACCAAAUGGGUAUCUUAGCUUAAGAAGCCAUAUUUGGACUGAUACUGACAACAACCGCUCAGGGAUGCUUCCUUUUGUGUUCGAUGACUCAUUUGGAUUUGAGCGAUAUGUGGACUACGCAUUAGAUAUCCCGAUGUAUUUUGUCUAUCGUAAUAAGAAGUACAUUGACUGUACUGGAAUGUCAUUUCGGGAUUUUAUGGUAGGAAAACUCCCACAAGCUCCGGGGGAGCUGCCUACUUUGAAUGACUGGGAGAACCAUCUAACAACAAUAUUUCCUGAGGUUAGGCUGAAGCGAUAUCUAGAGAUGAGAGGUGCUGAUGGUGGCCCAUGGAGGAGAUUGUGUGCUUUGCCAGUAUUUUGGGUUGGGCUGUUGUAUGAUGAGGAAUCACUGCAAAGUAUUUCGGACAUGACCUCUGAUUGGACAAAUGAGGAAAGAGAAAUGCUAAGGCGAAAGGUACCUGUAACCGGUUUGAAGACACCCUUCCGGGAUGGAUAUGUAAGAGAUCUAGCUGAAGAAAUUCUGCAGUUGUCUAAGAAUGGAUUAGAAAGAAGAGGGUACAAGGAAGUUGGUUUCUUAAGAGAGGUUGAUGCAGUGAUCAGUUCAGGAGUGACCCCAGCUGAGAGGCUGCUCAAUUUGUACGAGACGAAGUGGCAACGCAGCGUCGAUCCUGUCUUCCAGGAGUUGUUAUACUGAUGCUGAGAAACCUCUUACACAGCAAAACUGGACAGUCUGUAGAUGUACUCCCCCAUACAGAAAAAACCUCAUAUCCAUUCUAUUUCAUGCCUCGGCAGCUAAUGUCCGCCAUCCGUUCUUCUUGAGCCUGAAGAGGGAAAAAUAACCGCCGUGCAGCAAUUCAGCUUCACGGACUCAAUUGUUUCUGCCUCCUGGAACAUUUGAGGUCGGAAGCCUUUGUAGGUGCUGUCUUUGUUGGGGCCUUUUACAACUUCCGAUUUCCCUCGUCAACAGGGAGAUGGGACAAACCACUGUUUGUACCAGACCCUCUUUUGUUCCUGAUGAUUUUUGUAUGAAAAAUAAGCCCAUCUGGUGCAUGAUGGAAACUAUAUAUAUAUAUGGUUCCAGAAAAUGUUGGAAUAAGUAUUUGACAAGCACGUGGAGUGAGUUCCAUCCAGCUAAAAGAAAUAUCUUGCAGAUGUAAUGGCUGGUGUAUUUGGUGGUCUCCAUGAAAGUGCCUUUUUAUUCGGUACUUAUAUGACUUGACUGGUUGUUUCCUGCUGCC